CCUGGUUACUCUCCCGCUUACUCAUUGCUGGGAGGUGGGGGAGGGUGUACCUCGUGGUGGAGGCGGCAGCUUUUGCCUUCUUCACUUCUCCAAGCGCUAGUUAAAGAACAAAGAAGACGCGGAGAGCACCGCUCUCAAGUUACUUUCAGCUUCGCCGCGACCAGCGAGCCCUAUUCCUUCCACACACAAGGCGCGACUUCAGAGCAACUGCUGGAGAUUUGCCUUUCUCUCCCCUUCCUUUUCCCGAGUUUCUGCCCCCUCCCCGCGCACCACGAAUAAAAGGAAAAGAGACCUCCAGGAUUGGGCAGAAGGAGUCCCCAGGCGCCAAGAUGAAAACUCCUCAAAAUGCUGCUGUUGCAAUAUCAGGCAGUGAGACUGAGGAUGAUGAUAGCAUGGAUGCACCUCUGGAUCUUUCUUCUGCUAGUUCAGUCAAGAGGAGGAGGCGGGGUAAUUUGCCCAAGGAAUCAGUGCAGAUUCUCCGGGACUGGCUAUAUGAGCAUCGCUAUAAUGCUUAUCCUUCGGAGCAAGAAAAAUCACUACUCUCAAGACAGACACACCUUUCCACACUACAGGUCUGCAACUGGUUUAUCAAUGCUCGCCGCAGGCUUUUACCUGAUAUGCUGAGGAAGGAUGGGAAGGAUCCUAAUCAAUUCACCAUCUCACGAAGAGGGACCAAGAUAACUGAUGGCAGCCCUAUGGAAUUCUCCAUUGGCACAAAAAACUGCAUUCCAUUGAUUGAGAGCUCAUUUCUCUCUGGUAGCACAGGACCAAACAAGUCUUGUAAACGUCCCUCUGCAGGAUCUGUUUUGGCUCGACCAUCCGUAAUUUGCCACACCACGGUAACUGCACUGAAAGAUGCUUCUUUCCAUUUUGGUCAACUAAGUAGUUCAGGUCAGAUCUCAGAAGAUACGCAGCGGGCCUCACCUACCAACUUUUCAGACAAUUCUCUCCUGUACCAUGAAGAUGUGACUAAACUGGGACCUAGUACAAAUGCACAGAAUGGGCUUUUCAACACUCCUCCUCCUACUCCUCCAGACCUCAAUCAGGAUUUUAGUGGAUUUCAGCUCCUGGUAGAUGUUGCACUCAAACGGGCAGCAGAGAUGGAAUUGCAGGCAAAACUCAUGGCAUAAAUCAUUCUUCAUAUUUUCCUUCCCCUGGCAGGGAUGUAGUAGAAAAAUGUGGCAACUGUCUACAUGAUAUCAAAGACUUAAACUGCAUUUUAAUUAAUCUUAUUUGCACAAAGGAUAGCUGAAAUGAAGCUUCCUCUCGCUGAAAUGGUCUUCAGUGGAAUAUGGUCAUUCCAAGAAUUACAAACUUAACUCUACUGUAGAAACAAGUUGUUUUUUAAAUAAUGUUUCUUAGGUUUUUUUCAUAAUGUGAGAUUGUUCCCAAGAUCAUGUGAUUUGUGUUUUGUUAUCAUUUUCAUUGUUUUCUUUCCGACUGUGCAAUAUUUAGAAGCGAGAUUAGUCUUCAUAUCAUUCCCAUGUGGAACAAAAUAUACCAACCGGUUGUCUUAAAAACCAAUUUCAGAUUUUAAAGAAGUUUGAAUUUGAUUAUACUUUUUUCAUGAUGUAAUAAAAUAUUUUCUUUACUAGCUUAUUUA